AUGCAACUGUUGGUGUUGCUUGCAUUUUGCUGCCUAGCUGCCGCCUUGGAGGCAACACAAAAACCGGAGGCAACUUUUCUGCCUCGCUACACGCUGCUGUCCGAGAGCAAAAAGGAUGAGCUGCAACUAGAUAGACAACAGUCCAACAACGAACAGCAACCUUGGCGGCGUCUUUCGUACUCCAACUACGGCAACAAUUGGCCAGCAGCUGCGCCAGCUGCCUCGCUUGCUGCUCUGCUGGGACCAGGACUCUUACUACUGGGCGUUAAUCUGGGAGCGCUGCUCUACAUGCUGCUGGGUUUGCUGGGAUUGGCGCCAACACAACGCUUGGGCGCUUGGCAAGCAGCCGAGUUUUAUCGCAAUGAUAGACGUGAACAGUUGGGAGCUGGCAAGGAAGCGGAUAUGUAUUUGUUGAACUAAAGCGUUACGCUAGGGUUACGUUAUUUAGCUUACAGAAUAUAUAUAUAUUUUUUGGGUUAAUUACAAACUAAAAAUCAAUCAAUUCAAAUCGAAAUCAAAUUAGUGAGUAAAAUUGCUUAAAUCAUAGAAAAUGUGAAGACGUAAAAUUAU